AUGGACUCUUUUAAACUAGAAAGACAGCCAGGGAGAGAAAAUUGAACUGUUUCUGAUUAUCAUUCUUUCCCUUUGAGAUUAUCAAAUGGCAGCUACCGCAAUGACGGCUCUCCCUCAGUUCAGUGGGCUAAGACCCAAAAUUUCUGCAGCUCCGGCUAGGAGCCUGGCCGCGGUUCAGCCAAUGAGGCGCAAGGGAAAGGGUGCUCUAGGUGUUCGCUGUGAUUUCAUUGGAUCUCCCACAAAUUUGAUAAUGGUGACAACAACAACCCUGAUGCUGUUUGCUGGGAGAUUUGGGUUGGCUCCAUCAGCAAACAGGAAGGCUACUGCUGGACUGAAGCUUGAAGUAAGGGACUCUGGCUUGCAGACUGGUGAUCCAGCUGGUUUUACUCUUGCAGAUACUUUGGCUUGUGGCUCUGUUGGCCACAUUAUUGGCGUUGGGGUCGUUCUUGGCCUUAAGAACAUUGGUGCUCUGUAAAAAAAAACAAAGAAUUAAGCAAUUUGUGUUGAUACUUUUCGGCCGUUUCUAUAUAUUUGCACCGAACGUGCAUUUGUACCAAUUUGCUCAUCUCUUCUUAAGGCCUUAAACCAUAUAAUCUAAUUUCGUUUUAGUACUGAU